CAUAGUUCCCCAUCAUAUAAUAUAAAAAACAGUUUGAAUCAAGUGGUUCAAGUAUAUCUUACAACCACCAUGGAAAAGAAAAACGAAUUGGAGUCAACCACUCACUUGAGUGGCUCUGCUACAGAGGUUUCCGAACAGGACUACUCAGCCGCUCGUGACGCCAUGCCAAACAAUUUGACAUACAUCGCAGUGUUUGUUGCCAUGUUGGGAGCCAUGAUGUUUGGUCUGGAUCAAGGUAACUUUGGUAAUGUACAGAGUUUCCCAGACUUCCAAGAGCACUGGUGCCUUGGUCACGACUACGGAACUCAGAAUACCUGUGGACUCGGCACUGAAGAAUCGUGUGCUGGUACCGCGGCCACUGAACAGGCAUGCAUUUCUAGUGGCAUUACUGAUGAUAUGGCGUGCUGUAGUGAGCUUGUAGCCGCCAACAGUGCGUGGCACAACGACUUCGUUCUGUGGGGUGCUACUCUAAUCACAUUGGGAGCCGCUGCUGGUGGGUUGCUUGUAGGUCCUUUCCUAACCAAUGGAUUUGGUCGUCGCUUGUGUACCUGUGUUGGUGCGAUUGUCACCAUCAUAGGCUGUCUAUUCUCCUCUCUUCUGUCAUUCGACGUUGUUGGUGUCUUUUUCGCUGCUCGUUUCCUCACUGGAUUCGGAGUAGGUGUAUGCUGCUUUGCGUUGCCCUUGUACAACUCUGAGAUUGCCACCCCGGGAAUCCGUGGAAUGACUGGAUCAAUGUUCCAGAUGAACGUUGUGCUUGGGUCUCAUACUUCGCGCCAUUCCCGCAAGAAGGGAUACGAUGAAGGAGCUGAGUUACUUACCAAGAUCCGUGGUGGAGAUAUCACUGCCGAAGCACAGGAAAUAUAUGAGCAGUUGAAGGCAGAGGAGGAAGCCGGUACUGUAUCUUACGGAGAUCUUUUCUCCGACUCUAACUUGCGCAAGCGUAUGUUGAUUGGUGUCUUCUUGCAGAUAGCCCAGCAAUUGACAGGUUUGCUCGAUUCCAAGAUUGGAGGACGUCGCAGGCAAUUGUUGAUGGCUACUUUCAUUAUGGGACCUCCUCUCAUCCUGGGCGGUGUCUCCCUACAACUAGAUUGGAACGGCUACAUCACCAUGGUUAUGGUGUGCGUGUACGGAUUCGGUUUCCAGUUAACCUGGGGUAUGAUCCCCUGGAUCUAUCCCUCUGAGAUCUUCUCCAUGAGAGAGAAGGAUAAAGCCAUGUCCUUCGCUGUAUUCUGGCAGUACUUGUUCAAUGCCUCCAUCACCCCUUAUAUAAUGGGCUGGUCCACCCCCGGAACAUUCUACGCGUUCAGUGGAUUGAACUGCAUCAAUUUGGCAUUUGUCAUUUUCUUCAUCAAGGAAACCAAGAAAGUACCACUUGAAGAGAUCCCAGCUCUAUUCGGCGCUAAAGCAGGCGUACGUUCAAUGGCUUAAAUCGGUAUCAUACUAUAUAUUUUCUAGAUUAACUACUAUAGUGUCAUGAGACAAUAUGAACAACUAACAAGAAACUUUUGUUCGGAAUAAAGGUUUAAUCCAUACUUCUUUUAGUUACGUAGGGGCUACUCUUAGAUAGAGCUUCCAUUUAUACAUUUUGUCAUUGUUCCCUCAAAUUCUCUUAUCUGUGGGUACAAGUGCACUUGAAUUCAAGAAUAUAUAUAUAUAUAUACAUAUACCACUCUAUAUGUAGAUAUGUAUAUAAUAAAGCGAGUUGAGUUCUAGUAACUCCUGCUCGUGUAUGAUAUGCU